CUAGUGGAACGCGCGUUCCAAAUUCAAAAUACGUUUAUGCGUGAAGUGUGCAUUUAGUGUUUUUUUUUCUGAUUAUUAUUUUUCAUUUAUUUUGUGGUACAUACAUUGAUAUACAUAAUAAAAUUAUUAUAAAAUAAAAUCCGUUCAUGAUAUAGACCAUAUAGUGCUCUUAAGAUGGCUUUCUCGUUAUCGAGGUUUGCAUUGCGUGUUGGUGCAUUUAAUUUAGAAAGGACUGCAGCUAUCCUGUCUACAAGUGCGUCUAGUCUAAAUAAGCAAGUCCACACGCAAGUCACAUGCAACGGCACGGUGUGUUACCUCCAAACCAUGGAGAGGGAAGUGGAGUUCGCGGAGAGGCUCGGCCUCCGCCGGUACAGCAAGCAGCACCGGUCAGAGGAGGCCAGGAGGAAAGCGGAGAGCGACAGCGACUCGGACUCCGAUACCGAGUGCGCGGGGUUAGAAAGGUCCGAGUUUUGGCGUCGAAAGAUGCGCACAGUGCACAACAUCCUGGAUGUAGAUAAGGAUGGUUUGAUCUCAUUCAAUGACUUCAUCCUCUUUUCUGAGAGGUUCAAGUCUUUGGGAAAUCUGGGUGAGGAACAAGCGAAGGAGUUUACUGCCAUUAUGAAGCUAACGUGGGAGGAGCAGUGGGGCGCGGUGGACCCGUACAACUACGUGACGGUGGAGCAGUACCUGCAGGACAUGCAGCACGUGCUGGCCGACCGGGCGCUGCGGCGGCGCGCGCACAAGUGGCUGCCCUAUCUGUUCAAGGCGGUGGACAAAGACAAGUCUGGAUACAUAUCAGUGAACGAGUUCAAAUUGUUCUACAAGUGCCUCGGCCUCAGCAACGACCACGCGGCGGUUGCCUUCGCUGUUAUUGAUAUCAAUGGAGAUGGAAAAUUGUCAUUGAAGGAAUUCGUAAAUCUCGGAAAAGAUUUCUUUUUCACAGAAGAUGAGACGAGGGUUUCCAAAAUGUUUUGGGGGCCAUUGAUCGAUGGUUGAAGCAUUAUUCAUAAUAAAUAUUAUAUAGGAAUUAUAAUUAAUCAGUGACGAUUGUAGAAUUAAGUAACUAGUAAAAUAUAAGCAUUAUAAUAAAAAUAUAAGGCGAAUCUCAAUAAAUUUCGAAA